UUAGCGGCUUUUCCUGGGUGAGCAAGGCCAAUGGAGGCGUGACUGGGCAGGAAGGCGCCACGUCCGCUUCCAGGAUUAGGCUUUCAGUUUCCUUUCUCCAUCUUGCCUACGAUUUUCUGCGUCAGUGUCAGCGAAGCCUGACAGGGCAGCCUAAGAAGAGCUCCGCGGUGAGCAGGACGGGCCGCGGGAGGCUGCCAGGGUCCCGGGUGCUGUCCUGAGAGCCCCUACCCUCCAGCCCACGUAACCCUUGCCUGACACUGAAGCUCCAGAGGACGAGUAAACGUUGCUUAAAAUUGAGAGUUGCUCAAUUCCUGGGGUAAACUGUUGAAAAGACUUGGCUUUUUUUCUUUCGAAAAGUUGAUGAGAAAGAAGACUUUUCCUGCAGCAGUAUGUAUGUGUCUCCGCCGGAGUAGCUGGUCUGGCAGGAAUUUUUACUUUCUCCCCAUAGCCUGGUGAAGUAGGUCAGGACUGUUGUUUUUCACAGCAGUGCAAUAUGUAUUUUGGCAAAUUGCACUGAAACUUUGCGAAAGUUUGGAAUGAUUGGUAAGAUUUUGGUUAAGCCUUAGCUUAAACUUGUUCUCCGCUCCCCGCCUCCCCCAAAAGAACUGGGAGACGUUGAGUUCAAGAUGUUAUUUCUUGACUGUGUCCGGAUUGGGACAGAAGGACUUGUUCUUUUUAAACAUUAACAGUGGAAUGCAAUAGAACAAAGGCCACUGAAGUACGUUUUUGGUUCAAGGGAACAGGAAAUGAGUAAGGGCGUAGGUUAGUAAGGACGCUAAAUUGCCUCGAAUUAUUUUCAUUUGUUGACACUUGAAAUUUUUUACGCAAUGAGACUGUAGUGCCAAUAGAGAAAAUAUGUCAAGCAUUUGGACACCGACAGACCUGGGUAAUCUAAAAUUUAAACUGGGCUCUGGUGGGCUUGACCUACUUUAGUUAAGAUAUUUCAGAUAAGAGGAACAGAAUUUUUGGUAUUUUCCCUCUGGUGGUGCCCCUAAAUAAUCUUACAAUAAAGUUCAUUAGGAAAAAACUUGGCUUAACUCAAAAAUUAAAAAGAAAAGACUCAAAUUUGGAAAGGAAUUUUGAAUGUUUGCCAUACAGAAGUUUUCCCUUUUCAUGUUACCUUGUGUUUUACUUACAGCUUCUGGGAUGAAGGUCCUGAUUAAAAUGGCCUUUUCUAACGACUUUAUGUUUUAGAUUUCUGUUUGUUACUGACCUUGGUACUUCUCUGUAACACUAUAUUACUUACUAGCUUGCACCUGCUUUAAGAAGGAGACUGAAUCCGCCUGCAGGUGUGAAGUGCACCUUGCCCCCUGGAAAUGGGCGUGGGUGGGUGGGAGUGUAGUAGUAAAGGGCAGUUUUUUCAGGGUAGCAGGGGGCCUACCGCAAAUUGAAACGGAAGUAGGUUUUGUCCCUGGGGCGCCCGCGAGUCAGACCUUCACUCUCUGUGGGGAGGUGGGGCGUAGCCGCAGCACCCACCCACUGGGUCUCCGCCAGCAGCACGUUAAUUCCCCGGAGCGCCACGUGGGCCCUUUGCUUACACAACGGAGAGUUUCGGGACAGCAGCGCAUGUGCUCUCGUGGAGUUUCUUAGGUGUGGGGGGCUGAGGGUUCUCGAGCCUUAAGUCUCUUGUGGGCGGCCUGGAAGAGGCGCACAGGGGCUCAGCUGGAAGAGGCUCGCGGAAAGCCCAAUGGGGAGUGCACCUGUUGAUGCGUGCAACGCUCUCCUCCAGUUCCCGGAGUACUCCCGACGCGGUUUCCCCUAACGGCAGGUCCCGCACUGGUGGGUCCCCUUCCCGCCUGAGAUCCAGCGGGAAGAGCCGGCCUACCCGGGCAUGAGUAGAGUAAGAAUCCUGUCCGUCUCUCCUCUCUCGACCUGCGCCCCCUUGCGGGAGUCGCCCUGGGCUCCGGCGCUGUAACUGUCCCGGAUCCUGGCAGAAAAGGAUUGAGCCCCUCUUGGCCCUUCCGGCCGGUUCUGGAGCCUCCUGGGGAUUCAUCUUACAGCAGUAUAAGUCACCAGGCGUGUCACUUUUUUAAAUCUGAGGAACGGACUCCGUUUGGUUAUUUCUUCUUUUGUAGGGCCGCAAAAGUUAAUUAAAGUCGUGUUUUUGGACUCAACUGACUCCUUUCCUUUGAUUCAGUGUAAUCCUACAAACAUUUAUUGAGCUCCUAUGGGCCAGGCUGAGUUCUGGGUGCUGGGGACACAGAGACGGAACUGAACUUGGUUCCUUCCCCCAGAGGCUCUCAGAGUGGUUGGGGGAGACGGAGCAGUUAUCCACACGGGUAACUUGGGCCCUGGAGGGGGGCCACUGACAGGGGAGGAAUGGGAGGAAGAUGGUGGGGCCAGUUGGAGAAGUAAUGACAGGUAACAGAGGGCAACAUGUACUCAACGCUUAUUCUUGUUUUCCGUACUAUGCAUCAGUGAGAACUCCUCCAUUGGAAAGGGGAUUUUGAAAGAAAUGAAGAAAACCAUCAGAAAUGAUGUCAGCAGCCUCAUGGCCUUUUGUUGACUGGAGUGGAGUUUUAUUAUUGCAUUUCCUUGGAAUGACACUGCGCAGGAUGUCUGCUGAAGUCAUCUAUCAGGUUGAAGAGGCACUUGAUGAAGACGAGAAGGAAACGAUUCUUUUUUUGUGCCGGGACAUUGCUGCAGAUGUUGUUCCCCUUAAUGUCAGGGACCUUCUGGAUAUUUUAAGUGAGAGAGGAAAGCUGUCUGCCAUGGGCUUGGCUGAGCUACUGUACAGAGUGAGGCGGUUUGACUUGCUCAAGCGGAUUUUGAAGAUGGACAAAAGGGCGGUGGAGACGCACCUGCUCAGGCACCCUCAGCUUGUUUCAGACUAUAGGGUGUUGAUGACAGAGAUUGGUGAAGAUUUGGACAAAUCUGAUGUGUCCUCAUUAAUUUUCCUCAUGAGGGAUCAUAUGGGCCGAAGCAAGGUAGCCAAGGAUAAGAGUUUCCUAGAUCUUGUGAUUGAAUUGGAGAAGCUAAAUCUGAUUGCUCCAGAUCGAUUGGAUUUAUUAGAAAAAUGCUUAAAGAACAUCCACAGAAUAGACCUGAAGACAAAAGUCCAGAAAUACAAGCAGUCUGCUCAAGGAGGUGAAACAAGUUAUAUAAGUGCACUCCAGGCAUCUCUCCCAAAUUUGAGUCUUAAGGAUCCUUCAUAUAACUUAAGGCUCCAGAAUGGGAGAAGUAAUGAACAAAGACUCAAUGUGGGACAACCUGAUACUCAGAGAGAAUCAGUGAAGACAUCCAUUCAGGAAUCAGGAACAUCUCUACCUCAGCACAUACAAGAGAGAUAUAGGAUGCAGAGCAAGCCCCUGGGAAUCUGCCUGAUAAUUGACUGCAUUGGCAAUGAUACAGAGUUUCUUCGGGACACUUUUACUUCCUUGGGCUAUGAAGUCCAGUAUUUUUUGUACCUGCAUGUGGAGAGUAUAAAACAGAUUCUUCGCCAAGUUGCCUGCAUGCCCCAACACCAAGACUACGACAGCUUUGUGUGUGUCCUGGUGAGCCGAGGUGGCUCCCACAGCGUGUUUGGCGUGGAUCAGACACAGCCAGGGUUCCCUUUGGAUCAUAUCAGGAGGAUGUUCAUGGGAGAUGCAUGCCCUUCUCUCUUAGGGAAGCCAAAGCUCUUUUUUAUUCAGAACUAUGUGGUGUCAGAGGGCCAACUGGACAGCAGCAGCUUCCUGGAGGUGGAUGGGCCAGCAGUGAACAAUGUGGAGUCCAAGGCCAGGCAGCCUGCACCCUGUACCAUCCAUCGAGAAGCUGACUUCCUCUGGAGCCUGUGCACAGCAGACGUGUCCCUGUUGGAACGGUCCUCCAGCUCACCGUCGUUGUACCUGAAGUGCCUUUCCCAGAAACUGUGGCAAGAAAGAAGACGCCCACUCUUGGAACUCCACAUUGAACUCAACAGCAGUGUGUAUGAUUGGAACAGCAAAGUGUCUGCUAAGGAGAGGUACUACGUCUGGCUGCAGCACACUCUGAGAAAGAAACUCAUCCUCUCUUGCAAAUGAAAAGCCAAAAGACUUUCUUAGCUCUGCAGUCUCCAUCACUAGCCCCAAGUAGUUUUCAAGCAAAUGUAUGUGUCACGUGGGUAAGAUGGGGUCCUGUUAUGGGCUGAAAUGACCCUCUGUGAGGAAUGUUAUCAGGAAGGGGUGUUUGAGCUAAAGCUUCUGGGUUGAAGGCUUUGGCCUCUGUUGCUGAAAGCUUGUUAAAACAGUGUUAGAAAGGACAUAGCUUUGAAACUUUAUUAUUAUUUUUUUAAUGUUUAUUUAUAUUUGAGAGAGAGAGACAGUGUGUGAAUGGGGGAGGGGUACAGAGAAACAGAGACAGAAUCUGAAGCAGGCUCUAGGCUCUGAGCUGUCACCACAGAGCCUGAUGCAGUGCUCGAACUCACACGCCGUGAGAGAGAUCAUGACCUGAGCUGAAGUUGAAUGGUUAACCAACUGAGCCACCCAGGCACCCUGGCUUUGAAACUUUAAAAAGCAAGUACUGGUUGAACUGGGUGACUCAUGAUUGUGUUGCCUUCCCUCGUGCAAUCAAGUAAACCGGAGCCAUGGAGAUAAGGUUGCAGUAACACAGUUAAUUAGCCUGUGUGUAUCCAUGCUCCAAGAAGAAAAGUAAAAUAAAAAACCAAAACAAUGAGGGACACCUGGAUGGCUCAAUUGGUUGAGCAUCCAACUCUUGAUUUUGGCCCAGGUCAUGAUCCAGGGUUGUGGGAUCAAGCCCUGCAACACGCGCUGAGCGUGGAGCCUUCUUAAGAUUCUCUCUUUCUGACAGGUGCCUUGUUGGCUCAGUCGGUUAAGUGUCCGACUUCGGCCUAGGUCAUGGUCUCACUCUUCAUGGGUUUGAGCCCUGUGUCAGGCUCUGUGCUAACAGUUCAGAGCCUGGCGCCUCCUUCAGAUUCUGUGUCUCCCUCUUUCUCUGCCCUUCCCACGUUCAUGCUCUGUCUCUCAAAAAUGAAUAAAUGUUAAAAAAAAAAAAAGAUUCUCUCUUUCUGAGUAUCCAAUGGAAAAAAGACAGUGUCUUUAGCAAAUGGUGCUGGGAGAACUGGACAGCAAUAUGCAGAAGAAUGAAGAUGGACCACUUUCUUACACCAUACACAAAAAUAAAUUCAAAAUGGAUGAAAGACCUAAAUGUGACGCAGGAAACCAUCAAAAUUCUAGAGGAGAAAACAGCCAACAACCUCUAUGACCUCGGCCCCAGCAACUUCUUACACAACACGUCUCUGAAGGCAAGGGAAACAAAGGCAAAAAUGAACAAUUGGGACCUCAUCA